UCAAGACAAUUGUUCCGGAAAAAGUUUUAAAUUUGUAGACCAUGAAAAGACCACGAAAAUCAAAGAAAAGGGGUUGCAAGAAACAAUGGAUUACUGAGUAUUAUCAACAAGAAGAAAAAGUAGAAGACGAAAGAGAGUUUUCAAAAUGGGUCGCAGAUUAUUGUAGUGAUCAUCAAAUACUUUUGGUGGGUGAUGGUGAUUUCUCAUUCUCCCUUUCCCUCGCUAAAGCUUUUGCUUCUGCUUCAAACAUUGUUGUUUCUUCUCUCGACACAUAUGGUUUAUUCUCUCUUCUAAACCCUUAAUAUACUACUUACCACAUGUUUGUAACAUCAUUGUGUAGAUUUUAGGUUUAUGCUUCAUCAUUGAAUGUUGUGUCACCAUUCAUUCAUGUCUUUAACUUGAAGGGUAUGUGCUACAUGCUUGUGUUUACUUGGUGUUUUAUGAGUCUAUUGAGUUUGACACUAGUCAAUGUGAUAAUUUCGGGGAGUGCGCCGUAGCACCGACAACUUUGAAAAAAGUUAUGUGUGUCUGUGUUCGAAACCGAUACUGACAUUUGUGAUUACGUGUCAGUAUCAGUAUCGUGUUUAUGUGACUGAACCGACAAAUCCGAUUCAGGGGUAAGUUCUGGCAUCAAGUGGUUCAAACCCCUUACGAUCGCAAUUGCGAGGGAUUCAACCGUAGUCCUCCCUACCAAGUCCAGUGUCAAUCACCACUGGACUAGCUAAUGAUUGAUAGCUUAUUUUAUUUUAUUUUUUGUAGUACUUGUUUUACUUGAUUAUUAUUCAUAUCUAAUGUCAUCUAGUUUUGAAGAUGCAUAAUUGUUAUAGUUGUUUGUAUUGAAAAUACGAAAGUCAAAAUGAUACCUGUUUACGAAAUUCAUAGACUGGUGUUCAAAAACUAAAUGCUUUGUCAGUUUGUGUUUAUCAAAUUUUGCCACCUUAAACUGCAAAAUUGAAAUGCUUUGGCUUUGGUUUUGUCAUCAAUGCUCUUCUGUUCAUGUAAACGAGGUUAUCAAGAAGUACAAGAAUGCAAAGUCAAAUUUAGAUGAAUUGCAGAAGCUGGGAGCAUACCUGUUACAUGGAGUUGAUGCAACACAAAUGAAAUUUCAUCCGGAUUUAAAAAUGCGGAGGUUUGAUUGCAUUUUUUCAACUUUCCUCACGCAGGCUUUCACGGGAAGGAAGAUAACUUGAUGAUGAUCAAGAUGCAUGUGGAUCUUGUGUUUGGUUUCUUCAAGAAUGCAAGUUACAUGUUUAGGAUCAAUGGUGAAGUUCAUGUCAAUCACAAAACUACUCCCCCUUUUGAUACUUGGAACAUAGAGAAGCUCGCCGAGCAAAGCUUUCUGAUGAUGAUCGAGUGUGCUGAUUUCAAGCAAGAAGCUUAUCCAGGUUAUAACAAUAAGAGAGGUCAUAGAUCUCGAUGCGAUGACCCAUUUCCUCUCGGUAAGUGCAGCACUUUCAAGUUUAUAUACAAUCCUAGAAGUUUGAAAGACCAUUUGAGGAGAAAUCAUGUGGAGGUUUCUAGACAGCAAGAGAUUCAGAACAUGGAGCGAUUUCCAGCUUCAGUUCAUCUCAAUUACCAUCCUCAAACAACAUGGAGCGAAUUCCAGCUCCAGUUGAUUGCAACUAUCAUCCUCAAACAGUUCUUUUUCAAAAACCGAAUCAACUUGAUUACUACCCACAGACAAGUAUCUUUCCAAAAACAGAUGUCUCGAUCAUUAUUGUCAGAGAAAUCUCUUUCCAAAAAGGAAUGAACCAAUGAGAUCAGAAUUUGACUUGAGAAAUGGAUACCAUACAAUCACAAACAACGUGACAGAAAUACAUGAAAGAGUUGCUUCUUCUGCUGAUUAUUAUCGUUAUGCUCGCGAUACGACACAGGACAUUAAAAGAUUGCUACAACCACCAAUGCAGUCAAGUUACAACCAAUUUUCACAUAACUGGCCGAUACCAACUAAUUGUAGACUUUGUUUGACAGAACACCAUAGAAGAACAAUGGAUGUUUCUCCUUCCAUGCCACUUGGUGCUAGAAAUGAUGGCUACCACCAAUAUCAACAAGUAUUAGAAAGAAGCUCAACAUAUUUGCAAGAAGAACUUUAUCGAAAUGCUCAGAGGUCAAGUGAUUGUUAUGAUAUAGCAAGGCAUGACUUGGAGCGUACAAUGCUGAAGUGCUUAGGAGAGAUUUUAGUAGAGAAAUCUAUAUUAUGCAAUGAGUGUGUUCAUGCUACAUUGAAGGAUGAUAUCUUGUUAACUACUAUAGCUAGAUGGAGUUGUGAAACUGGUAAUUUUGUAAUCAACAUUUAGUUUAUGUUGAUCUUUUGCAGGAUGCCAUAGCAUGCUAUAAGAUGAGUUUUAUUUUCUUA